AUGGCCUCCGCUGACAGCAUCAUUGUGCUGGAUGACGACGAUGAAGAUGAAGCAGCUGCUCAAGCGGGGCCCUCACAGCUCCCCUCCAGUCCUGUCUCACCAGGGCCAGAAGCCUCUGGUCCCUCUGAGUCCCAUGGGAAUGGAAGAAGCCGUAACUCAGGUGGCAGGAAGUGCUACAAGUUGGAGAACGAGAGGCUGUUUGAAGAGUUCCUCGAACUGUGUAAGGUACAGACAUCCGACCACCCUGAGGUGGUUCCAUUCCUCCACAAACAGCAGCAGCGUGCCCAGUCUCUGUUUCUGGCCUCUGCAGAGUUUUGCAACAUCAUGUCCCGGGUUCUGUCUCGGGCUCGGAACCGGCCAGCUAAGCUGUAUGUCUACAUUAAUGAGCUCUGCACUGUUCUUAAAGCCCAUUCAAAUAAGAAGAAGCUGAACUUGGCUCCUGCACCCUCCACACCCAGUAAGCCCUCUGGUGAUAACCCUCCCACAGAGUCCUCCUCUGAACUUACAAAUGCUGAGAACACUGCCUCCAAGGCCUCAAGGACCCGUGGUUCGAGGAGGCAGAUCCAGCGCUUGGAGCAGCUGCUGGCGCUGUAUGUGGCAGAGAUACGGCGGCUGCAGGAGAAGGAGUUGGAUCUCUCGGAGCUGGACGACCCUGACUCCACGUAUCUGCAGGAGGCCCGUCUGAAGCGGAAACUGAUCCACCUCUUUGGGCGGCUGUGUGAGUUGAAGGACUGCUCCUCCCUGACUGGCCGGGUCAUAGAGCAAAGAAUCCCCUACCGUGGCACGCGCUACCCAGAGGUCAACAGGCGCAUUGAGCGGCUCAUCAACAAGCCAGGGCCUGAUGCCUUUCCUGACUAUGGUGACGUGCUGAGGGCUGUGGAGAGGGCGGCCACCCGGCACAAUCUCGGCCUUCCCCGACAGCAGCUCCAGCUCAUGGCUCAGGAUGCCUUCCGGGAUGUGGGCGUCAGGUUACAGGAGCGCCGACACCUCGACCUCAUCUACAACUUUGGCUGCCACCUCACAGAUGACUAUAAGCCAGGCUUUGACCCUGCACUCUCAGAUCCCACGUUGGCUCGUCGCCUUCGGGAAAACCGGAGCUUGGCCAUGAGCCGGCUGGAUGAGGUCAUCUCCAAAUAUGCAAUGAUGCAAGACAAGAGUGAGGAGGGCGAGAGGCAGAAGAGACGAGCCAGGCUCCUAGGCAACACUUCCCAUUCUUCGGGCUCCCCUAAAGUCUCCUUGGAUUCGGGUGAGGGUCCUAGUGGACUGGCAUCCCAGGAGUGCCCUACUACCUCCAGGGCUGACACUGACGACGAUGAGGAAAGUGAGGAGGAGGAGGAGGAGGAGGAGGAGGAGGAGGAGGAGGAGGAGGAGGUCACUGAAGAUGAAGAUGAGGACCUAGAACGACUGCAGCAAGAUGAGGGGGGUGCCGGAGAGGAGGAGGGAGGAGGAGGAGCAGACAGUGAAGGAGAUAAGAGCCCCAGUAGAAGCAACUCACAAGGGGAGCAGCAAAACAAAGGACUGUCAGAGACAGCAGCGUCUCCAGACCCUCACAGCGUAGAUGCUGAGAGCAGCGGGGAACAGCCCGAAGAGCCAUUCCUAGAAGAAGAGAGUCCUUUGUCCCACAGUUUUCAGCUAGAGAUUGAAGACAAGGAUACCACCCCAUGCCUUGAGGAGAAGGACAUUUCCUCUUCUAGGAAACAGUCAGAAGAUUCCCUCCCCACUGUCUUGGAAAACGGGGCAGAUGUGGUCACCUCUACAUCCUUCAAUGGGCGUGUCUCUUCCCACACUUGGCAAGAUUCUGGUCCCCCAUGCAAGAGAUCUCGGAAGGAAAAGAAGCUGCUGGAUUCUGAACCAUUAGAAAACAGCAAUGUAGAGAAGCAAAAGGCUCAGCAGGGAAAUGGGAAGAAUGUGUGGACCCCGCCUACUGGAUCUUCCCCAGUGGCCGAUUCCUCCACAAGGGUGGACUCUCCCAGCCAUGGCCUGGUGACCAGCUCCCUCUGCAGCCCUUUUCCAUCUCUGACGUCCCCAACCCCCCAGCCUCAGUCUCCCCAGCCUUGUAGUUAUAAGAUGAGUGUGGCCACGCAGUGUGAUCCCGAGGAGAUCAUUGUGCUCUCAGACUCUGAUUAGCGGCCUCCUGCUCGCCCUGCCUCCACAAUGUUUUGGAUGGCCGCGGGCAGAAGACUGAGCAGAGGAUGGACUGCGCUCCUCCCCUUUUGGUGGCGUGUCUUUUGACAACCAGAUGUUUUAAGUUUUGCAAACACAUUAAUAAACAAUGAAUUUCUUUUCUUAUUGUA